UGAAAGUGCUAGUUAUUGAAUUGAUAAAGAUAUUAGCAUGUCAAAUUUAUUCCAUAUUUGCGUAUGAAAUGGCCUGGUAUGGAAGAGUUCACGCAAAAAGUAAUCAUGAACUUAUACAACAUCUUAAAAAAUCAAGAAUAAUUAAAUCUGAUAGAGUUUAUGAAGCAAUGUCUGCUGUAGACAGAGGAAACUAUACCAAUCCUAGUUAUGCUUAUAUAGAUGCUGCACAGGCAAUUGGUUAUGGUGCUACUAUAAGUGCUCCUCAUAUGCAUGCAUAUGCUUUGGAAGCACUUAAAGACAAAUUACAUGGUAAUGCAAGAGCAUUGGAUGUUGGUUCUGGUUCUGGAUAUUUAACAGCAUGUAUGGCAGUUCUGGUAGGACCAAAUGGAUUGGUCAUAGGUAUCGAUCAUAUUCCUGAACUUAAAGCAUUUGCUAUGGAAAACAUUCGAACAGAUAACCCAGAACUUCUUGAAAGUGGUCGUGUUCAAUUAGUUGUUGGAGAUGGAAGAUUAGGAUAUCCAGAAAAAGCACCAUAUGAUGUUAUUCAUGUAGGAGCUGCUGCUAAAGAAUUGCCAGAAGCUUUAAUUGAUCAAUUAGCUCCUGGAGGACGUAUGGUAUUACCACUGGGUCCAGAAAAUUCAGAUCAGACAUUUGUACAGUUUGAUAAAGCAAUGGAUGGGUCAAUCAAGAAAAAAUCUCUUUCAAAUGUUAUAUUUGUUCCAUUGACUAGUAAAGAUAAACAGUAUGCUUCAUCAGAUGCAUGCAAGCUUCAAUAA